AUGUGUUGGCCGAUGACGGCCUCGCUGGGGCAGUCUUUUUUCAUGAUCAUGAAGCUGUACGGGAUAAGGCGCAAGUCGGACACCCUCGCCUUCGUCAAGAAGUUCCUCGCCGACAUAAGUGGCACCGGUGUCCCUCGUUCUUUCCGGAUGGACAACGGGGGGGAGUUCGUCAGCCGCGACUUCAUCGCCUUCUGCAACAACGCCGGCAUCCGCCGUACGUACACGGCGCCGGGCACCCCGCAGCAGAAUGGUCCGGCGGAGAGUGCGAUCUGGCGAGUGAACAAGGCCGGCCACGCCGCUCGUCUCGAGGCACGCCGCCUGUUCCCCAAGAUCGACUUCACCCGCGUCCCCGACUUCGGACGCGAUGCCGAGGGACUUUGGCUAGAGUCGUGUCACUGGGCUACCGGCGGCUUCAACCGUCCCCGACCACGGCAAACGUCGGUGCUGUGCUGCUACCUCAACAACGGCGACGACCAUCACGAGUCGGUGGUCAAGGUCCUCAAGCUUGCGACGGGGCGCGUGUGCAUGACGAACAAUGUCGUGUGGGCCUCCGACCGCACGCCGUUGCCGACCCCGCCGCUGGAGAUGCCGGCGCCGGCGGACGAGGGGGGGGAUUCGGAUGUUGCCGCCGCACCGUUUCUAAUCGAGUACAUUUCACCGCCUCUUUUACCCCCCUCACCGUUCGCCCGAUAUCCCAAUUCACCCGCUGCCAUAUCCUCACAGGCGCCGCCGGCAACUUCCACACCACCAUCGCCGGCGGCGCCGUCUACCGCAGCCACACCAUCGCCACCGGUCACCGCGCCGCCUGCGACGCCACCGUACACCACCACCGCGCCGCCUGCAACGCCACCGUACACCACCACCGCGCCACGUGCAACGCCGCUCGCCGCCGCGCCACCGUUUACCACCACCGCGCCGCUUGCAACGCCGUUCGCCGUCGUGCCACCGCGCCGCCACCUGCAGGACAAGGCAACGCUCCUGUCGACUCUCACCACUCGCAGCGUCGUCGAUAGAGGGAGAAAGGAGAUCCCGAGUUCAGACGGAGGACUUGAAGGAGCGGAGCCGGGGGGGCGAGAGCGGGGGGCACCAAAACAGAAGGACUGCGUGAAGAAGUUCCAUUUGCGUGCGCCACAUUGCUAUGCCAACGACUUGCGCGUGCCCAAAACGUAUAGGAAGGCUGUGUCCUCUCAACAUGCUGACUUGUGGGUAGACUCUGUAGAGAGGGAGUUCAGAGGUCUGAUGGAGGCUGCGAUGGCAUGUAAGCAAAAUCUUUCUCUUCGUCAUUUUGACAUCAAGCAAGCAUUUGUCCAGUCGGAUUUGGAUGAGGAUAUUUUCAUGCUUCUGCCAGAGGAAUGUGGUAGAUUGUCAGGCAUGAUAGUGAAGUUGAACAAGAGUCUGUAUGGCCUUAAGCGGGCAUCAAGGCAAUGGCAUUCACACUUGGCCACGUGGAUUUUGAAGAUCUCGCAGCAGACGUACGCUGAAGAGUUGGUGAUGGAAUUUGGGGUAGAGUACGGGAAGGAAGUUCCUCUUCCUGUAGGGUUGAAGCUUUCAGAGUUUGACCAGGUUGAGGAAGUGUUAUCAUGGCCUUUUCGCGAGCUGAUAGGAUCACUGAUGUGGCUGGCAACGCAAACGAGGCCAGAUAUCGCGAAUGCAGUAAGAGCGGUAGCACGGUACUGUGCUUCUCCCAAAGAAAUUCAUUGGAGAGCAGGUCUUGGUAUUUUGGGGUAUGUGGUAAGGACUAGUGACUUGGGGAUUUCAUUCAGGAGGGGUAGUGUAGCAGGGUUGAGCAUGGAGGUGUUCGCAGACGCAGACUAUGCAAGCAAGGCUGCCGAUAGGAGGUCUGUGUCAGGAGGAUUGGUGAUGUGUGGGGGGGGAUGUAGUUCAUGGUUUUCAAGGACGCAGAAGUGCGUUACGUUGAGCAGGACAGUGGCGGAGUAUGUCUCCCUUGCGGAUGUGAUGAAGGAAGUGUUGUUUCUGGAGCAGGUAUGGCGUUUCAUGUUUCCGGUGUUCGAGGAUAACCAGGGGGCUAUUCACUUGGCGCAAAACCCGAUUAGCAGCAGUAACUCGAAGCACAUCGACGUAAGGCACCACUUUAUCAGGGAACUGGUAAGCAGGAAGGAGAUUUCGAUCUUUGACGUGGAAUCAGCCUAUCAACAUGCUGACUUCCUCACGAAGGCACUUCACGUCGGAGAUUUUGAGUUUCAUCGUAAUUUCGUGAUGAGUGUGGGACAGGAACGGUAGAUUUGGAUUUAUUUGUGUUUGAUCAAAGAACUAGUGUGGCAUUGUUGUACAUUUUUGCCUAUGGUCUUCUCAAUGAAUGGUGCUCGAGGAUGGGGGGCAAUUGGAUCCCUAUGAUUAUCGAAGAACUACCACUGGAAUCAUCGGGGAUGGAAAUAUGUUUCUAGCCCAUAAGGCUGUUGUUGCAGAUUUGAGUUGUGUUUUGGAAUAUUUUCUUGUGUUUUGGAGUUACUGAAAGAUCAUGAAGACAUGGGAUAGUCACAAGCAGGGGGGCUGAUAGAUAUACUUGUAGCAAUGCCAAGUGGUUGGUGCUGGAUUUUCCCAUGGAAUGAGGUAGAGCGGAAUACCGGGUGACAUGUGUGGUGUAGUCUACCUCCUCGGGCUUGUGUACCCUUUUCUUACUGAUAAUGUGUGCGUGUUCUUUAGUCUAGAUCUUCUGAUGGCUCUAUCGAGCGUUUUUGUGACCACGGACCGAGUCUUUGCUAGAUUUUGGAACUAGCAACUGACACGAGUUUAAUGUGAAGCAAACAACAACAACAACAACAACAACUGGGGGUAUUCAUAUGCUCAACAUCCACAGUCUACUAUGUACACGACGUAAAAAUCCGGCUUGAUAUCCCCCAACAACCUAACCGUCGCAAAAGUUACCCCUUCAACCAUGGUGCCGCCAGUAGUUGACAGAGGUGAGCCCGCGCUUGACCCUGAGCGGGCGCCCUGCAGGGUAAACUGUAUCGACGUGCUGAUGCUGCCCUCACGAGUCGGUGUGCUCUCGUCUUGGUGGUGGUUGGUGUUCUUGUGUGUCAUGUGUUUUUAUUGUAUGUGUAGUCUAUGUGUGUUGUUGCUGUAUGCGCGUCUUUUUGUUCUGUAUGCGCGCCCCAUGGUUUUAUUGUUCGUUGUUUGCGACGCAUUUAUUUGUGGCGUUCGCCGUUAGUGCGCUGCUUGCCGGGCUUGCCGCGGGCAUGUUCCCGUGCCUGGUAUCCUCCCGUGCCGGUACGGAAGGGGCCUGGCAUGUGUCUGACAUGUUCCUCCGCGGUCGGUCCGCAGUCGGCAGCCAUGGAUACGAAAGAUGCCAUGGAUAUGGUGUUGGGAGGUUUUGAGACGUUCCGAGGCUAUUCGAUGUCCUGCCGUGCGGUGACGGGGAGGUCGAUUUCCGCUCGAUUUCCGCCGUCCGUAGUGGACAUAUGUGGGCACAAUUUGAAUAUAAGU